AUUCCUCUUGAGGACAUCAUUGAAGGAACCCGCUGCAACAAGACUGAAUUUAAAAACAAAUUGAUAAAACAAAAUGUACUGUGAUUAUUAUUAAAAAAGGAAAGAAAAGACUAGUGAAACUUUAUUGAAAGAUAUUUUUAUUCAGAAAUCAAAGCAAUCUUGGAAAAAAGUGCAAAAAGCAUUCAAAAUGUUUCCAUUCACUCAAAAUGACGUAAAUAUUAACGAAAAACUGCAGAAUUAUCAACAACUAAUGAUGAAUAACCAGAGAAAUACUGUUAUGAACAGUAACUCCUUAAAAUUUGAGACUCCUCAGGGACGAAGUUUGGUGAAAACUUCAGAAAUGCACUCAAACUGGACAAGUGAAAAUAAAAAUUUGUUGACUGCUAUCAAUCAUAAUCUCCUCGCCACAGCAACAAGCUUGAAUGUGAACUAUUUUAAACAAUUGGGCUUUACUGAUCAACAAAUCGCACAAAUCACUGCACAGUUCAUUGCCAAUCAGUGCUAUGCAGAUAAAAUUCAGAAUGAAGUUCCUCCGGCAGAGCCGAAGCAUCGACUAACAUUAUAUAAAAAGGAAACAAAGAUGUGGAUAUACAAGGAUCGUACAUUCAGUAACUACAACGAAUACUUGCUGCAUGUGAAAGCUCAUGUUAAGUGUCAGAAUGAUAUUUGUGCUCUACCUUUUUAUAAUCUUUCGGAAGACUUCAACGUUCCUUAUGGUUCAAGCUUCCCUGAAUAUAAAAUCUUCAAAAACUUUACAUUUGCAACACCUAAAAUCAAUCCAAUCGCUUACUACAACUUCAAUAACUUCAAGAUACUCACUGAAAAUGAAUACAAAGAUAUUCGAGCUGACUUUGACGCUAAUGGAAGAGAUGUCACUGAACUGCAAAAGAAAUUUGAUAAUAUUCAAUUUUUCUCUAAUGAUGAUUCGGAUAAUUUCUCACCAUUUGUAACUGAACAGCAAUUGACAGAUUUGUGGAAGCUUGAUGAGAUUUCAAGUCAACUUUCAAAUACAAAUGAAACUUCGAGUAUACAAGGAUCUCUGAGUAAGCGAGCUUCUCGUAGAUCAAGUGAUUUUUGCAUCUUCUGUAAGAAUAAUGAAGAAGACGAAAAGGUUUACAUGAGCCACACAUUAAAGGAUUUUAAAGGAAGAACUUUAUGUCCAAAAUUACGUCUUUAUAAAUGUCCAAUAUGUGGUAUUGAUGGUGAUAAUGCACAUACCAUGGCUUAUUGUCCUAGAAAUAUAAAUAAUAUUGAUAAAGCAUCUUUCAAGAAAAAUGAAAAGAAAAAGAAGAAGAAAGGUUCAUCACAUAGACCACCAAAAAGACAACAAAAGAAGUCAGAGUUUAAACAAUUUAAAUAAUAUUUCCAUUAACAAAACUCGAGAGGAAAAAUUCCUCAUCAUUUUUCAUGUUUAUCUAAGUCGCUUUUUUAAAAUUCAACCUUUUUUUCUUAAGAGAAAUCUUACUGAUUUCACUUUACUUAACCAAAUUUAUAAAAAUUAUUAACAAAGAAAUUUAUCUCACAAUAUCUGUAGAGACUUUUGGGAAAAUAUCCUGAAUUAUCUGUUUAUCAUAAGUUCAAUUAACAUUCUUCUUUUCUGUGAUUAUCUUUAAUUCAUUCAGUUAUAAUUCUACUGAAUCAUAAAAUUAAAAUAAAUAAAAAUCUCUUGAGGAGAGAGAGAAACAAAUCUAA